AUGGCGCCCGUAACUUCCUCGAAGGUAGGCAGGGCGAAGAAGAAGGCGGGAACUGCACCCAACCGGGGUGAACCGAACUUAACCGAGCAUCCAGCGACGCUGGCUACAGCACGUGACGAUGACGUCGCAAGUGCGGGUUUCGCUGCUGAAGUCGCAGCGGUCGCAGACGUGGCGACAGCGGACCCUAACUCGGCGACCCUCGAUGCGACUCCGGCAACGGAGUCGCAGCCGUCGCCGCCUGGCGACAAGCGAAAGCGAGCGGCCCGCGACGACAUAGACGCGAUUUUCAACCAGGCAAAGCAGAGCAAGAAUCAAGCGGCUGCGGGCAGCGGGCAGCAAGGAAAAAACGGCAAAGGAGGCGCGAAAGACCAGGGCGGCAACAAACUUCCCGCGGUGAAAAAGGGGAAGAAGAAAGAAAAAACCAGCGGAAGUGGCGUGGACGCAGAGAGUAAGCCGAGGAAGCGGACGGAGGAGGGGUAUAGGGUUUACAUGGAGGAGGAGUUGGGGUGGAAUAAGAAGAGUGCCGGCGGCACAGCGCUGUGCCCCUUCGACUGCGACUGCUGCUUUUGA